AUGAUCAUUUCGCGAUCGCAAACAUGGCCCGCCCGCUUAACGCACUCUUCGGACCCCUGGUCUCACUGGACCACCCUCGUUUCCUCCCACUCUCCAACGCGUACUCCCCGGCGCUGCGCAUUCACUGCGCCCCCAGAGAGCGUGUUCGCGGAGGGCACAUACUCGUUGGUCUCCGGGCCAACGUACGAGACGCGUGCGGAGGGCCGCUUCCUGCGCGCUGCGGGCGCCGUCGUCGUCGGUAUGAGCACUGUCCCUGAGGUCCUCGCGGUGCGCGAGGAGGGCGUAGAGGUGCUCGUUCUCAGCCUUGUCACCAACGCCGUCGUGAUCCCGGACCGCUAUCGCAGUAUCAAGGAGGAGGUACGUGCCGAGGGGAGGCGUAUCGAGACCCCGGAAUCAGAGGUCGCGUCGCAUGAGGAGGUGCUCGCCGUCGGCAGGCAGAAGGCGGAGGUCAUGAAGAGCCUCGUCGCGUGCGUGAUCGAGCUCAUACCCUCGGAUUGA